AUGAUCCUUGAAGCACUUUCUAACAUAACAGAUCCCAUUAGAGCAGAUAUUGGUUCUAUCAACGACUUUAUUGCGCAAAGGCAUGAUGUGCCAUCUAACUUUAGAAGAUUGUUGAGUACAAAGUUGAGAAACUUGAAAAGGAAUAGAAGGUUAACCUGGGGUCCAAAAUUACUACAAGAUCAAAACACCACGUUUGGAACAAAAGCACAUACUCCAAAACCAAAAGAUAGACGAACAACGCAAUCAGAGAACUCUACGUUUCCUAGUUCCACAUUGUUUACGGGCCAAAAAAUAGCGGAGGCUGAAAACAAGUCAUUUGUGGCGCAUGAGGCAGUUAAGGAAGCAGAGAGGGUAGAAGUGAUGGCCGAACAGUCGGCAUGUACGAAACUGUUUUUUGAAGAUAUACUGGAACAAUGGCAGCCAAUUGAGAAAGUAAAAAGUAAGAACAAACUUGAAGGAGUAUCUGGGUAA